AUGUCGCGACAAUUGGCUCUCGAAAAAGAGCUACAGCAAGUAAGAAGUCUUAACAACACGAUAGAUACGUUACUAGAGACUGUUAGCAAUGCACAAAACAAUAUAGCCGAAACGAAAAGUGCAACAGAUAGCGCAGGGGCCCUACUAGAGGAUUGGAUCAGGAUCCUAAACCAGACGGCUUUUGUGAGAAAUGCUUUACAAGAUACACGUUGGAAGGGUCUGAACGAAGAAACUGAUGAAGGUGCAGAUGAGGCAACGACCCAGGCGACCGAGCUAGAGGCCGAACUCAAGUCUUUGGAAGAUCAAAACAAGAAGCUACAAAGUCAAAUAGACUCCUACAAACGACCAGAUUCUCUGGAUCGGGCUUCUAAAAGGCCAAAAUACUAA